UUGAAUUACAAAUAAUCAACAAACAUCAUUAAAAACUAAACAUGCUUAAAUUCUCCUUAGUUUUUGUUGCCCUUUUAGGCAUAACAUUUGGAAAUGAUAUUACUUGUCCACCUGAAGGCCAACAUUUUUAUCCACAUCCAACUCGUUGUGCGAAAUUUAUAGAAUGCAACGAUGGAGUUUUAGCUGAACAAGAAUGUUUUGGUGACUUGACUUUCAAUCCGGUCGUAGGUUUCUGUGAUUUCCCCGAAAACUUUGAAUGUGAAGACUUGCCCGAUACUGUUCCAGAAGGUCCAGUUGGAACUUGUCCAAUACAAAACGGCGCUUUAGUUGAUUUCUUGGUAGAUGCAACCAGAUGCAACGUUUUUUACAUGUGCAACUGGGGAACUCCCAUUCAAAUGGAAUGCCCAGAGGGCCUUCACUUUAAUCCCACAAAGAAUGUUUGCGAUUAUCCUUACAGAGCUGGAUGUUUAAGUUACCUUAAAUUGUAAUUUUUUGAAAAAAAUAAGUUUUUAAUUUUAAUUUAAUG